GUGACCAGUCAUAACCAAGUAUUUUAGGUGCCGAGGAAACCACUAAAGCCUAACUUACACUAGCAUUGUACCUACCAAAUUAUUCGUAUCGUUCGUAUAGGUACCUAUGUACAUCGUACCUCUCCUUAUAGUGCCCAGUACACCAAAUCCUGUUAUGUUACUUUUGACGUCUUUUUACUCGCCUUCAGCAUUUCAGCAUACUCAUUCACCAUUUCACUUCCCUUACUAUAUAUUAUUAUAAUCGAUACUUUACCUUUAUACCCUCCUUAUUAACAAGGCAAUCACGUCGAGCCCCGAUACUACAAAACGAAUCAAUCGGACCGUGCCAUCACUCUUCAGCUCUUCAUUUCGCCUCCCUUUUCGCGGCUAUACCUAGGUACAAUUCAAAAAAGGCCGAUUAAUACCUACCACGUCUCACUCUCAAUCAGAUCGCAACGCCACCCUGCAUCGUCUCGCGCUCGAAAGCAAAAAUCGUAUAACUUAUCGGCUUCCGGAAGGAGCAGAGGCGUCUCUUGAAGAUGUCACUAGAUUCGCCCAGAAUAUCUAAAGAGGGACAAGAGGAUACCGUUGAUCGGGCUACGACAAUCUCAACAGCGACGGACCAAAAUGAUUCUCUAAGUCAACGCACGCCAAUCGUGUCGACGCAGGCACAGGAGAGGAUAGGCAGCGCAAUCGCAUCUAAUGUCGCCGCUGUUAACGUCCAGGUGCAAGAGUAUGCGAAUGGAUAUCACUUUCCGCCGAAAUAUCCAAUAAAGGAGCAAAUACGAAUGGGUCUGGUUUCGUUCUGGGAAUUCUACAACACUGGAUUCGGCUUCUUUCUCACCAUCUACUCCCUUAACGUCGUGGCUUGGGGUGGCAUGCUCUUCCUUCUUCUAUGCAAUGCUGCGCCAGAGAUGUGCUGGGUGGAUGGCAGAUUUGACUGCAAUGAUAUUGAUUCGCCGCGCAGAAUAUGGAUUGAGACGGACUCUCAAAUACUAAACGCGUUGUUCUGCGUAACUGGCUUCGGCUUGGCGCCGUGGCGCUUUCGCGAUCUGUACUUCUUGUUACGGUAUCGUCUUCAGGGUGAUCACAAGGCCCUACGAAGCUUAGCAGGCGUUCAUCGUGGUUGGUUCCGUCUUCCCGGUUCCGAACAGCUUCCUACGUCUCUUGGACCGAAGAAUAUCGAGGAGAUGAUCGGAAGCUACAACGUUGAUAGCGUUCCGUAUCCCCUAGAGACUAUAUCAGAUGCUCCACCAACAAGCAUCCGGGCACCUCCGACUAAGAUGUGGAAACUGGAUUUUAUUAUCUACUUCAAUGUUGCCAACACGUUUCUACAGUGCGUUCUGUCAGGUUACAUGUGGGCCUUAAAUCGGUACGAUCGACCUAGUUGGUCGACUGGUCUAUUUGUUUGUCUUGCGUGUAUCGCCUCCGCUAUCGCAGGUAUCAUGAUGGGCGUUGAAGGGAAACAUGUUAAGGCUAUCGAAGGUGUCCCUCUAACUAAGAAGGAUAUUGAGCGUCUAGCGCGUGAUAAGCAACUGGGUAUUCCUCAUUAUAAUAACCUUGGCGACAAGAACCCCGAGGAAGAGAAAGAGAAGAAGAUGAAGAAGAAGCAAAAGCAGCGAUUUUGGAAGGCCAAGCAACCUAGCCUCGCGAGUGAUAAUGAAAGACAAGCAUUCUGUGUUUAAAUAAGGCGUUUUGGCAAGUUUUUUUUUUAUACCUAGACGGCAGACUUGGUGUUUACUAGCAUAUUUAUUUUUUGAAUAAUAUACCCUCUGGCGUUGCAAAACGCAAAUAUGUUGUCGAGUAAUUUACAGUUUACAGGCUAUAAUCGGGCAUACGAUAUUCAAGCAGCAGUCUUUCUGCUUUGAGAAUGGGCAUAACUAAAGGAUGGUACAUGUAAUGAUAGCAAAGUGUUCACGAGAUCGAUUUGGUGAGCACCUGCCGGCUCCAAGAUGGGAAAUUCCGCAGCUUAGAUCCGGGGGGUUUAUAGCUAAGCCAAUUAGAGCUGAAGUUGAUAUCGUAAGGCUAAUCGGCUGACCAAUGCGGGGGCAGUUUCUGGUCCCAGCUCUUGCAUUAUGUAGGGUAUUGUACGUACAGCAGUACCCAGCAAGGUACACGCGCCUUCGCAUUCGGCGACUUAGCCAAGGUACCUAUGUAAAUUACCUAAGACGGGUGCAGUUAAACGUUAUCAGUCAGCUAUC